ACACAACAUUGAGCAGUCAAGAACACCACCUCAAAAUUACGAAAACGAGUAGCGAUUAAGUCAUAAACUAAACACGUUAUUGUAAAUUUUUCAUCAGCGGUUUACGUUCUAUCGUUUUCAUCAGUUAUGCAUUUUCUCACUUUCUAGAGGGCUUGCAAUAUUUGCCCUGAAAAGUGCAUUUGAACCACAAUAUUCGCUGUAUGUACAAUAGUCAAAAGGCAAAAUGAAAAUCAACUAGUCCCACGUAAAUAGUAAAGGUCAAUUGCAUGAAAUGGGAAACGAAAAGAGCAAUUUGGGCAACAUAGAUAUUAAACCUGACGUUAUUGAGGUGGCAAACACAUGGACCUUGAAGCAGGCAUUUUGCACAGCAAAUUCAACCCAAUAUUCUGUAUUCUGCAGUCCGCUAGACACUUCCUCUUCUUUGGAACUGGCUGCAAAGAAUCUGAUUUUGUAUCGCCAUCCUGGGAUCUUAAAAUACGUGCAAACCUGGAGCCAAGGUGGAUAUUUUAACCUGGCAACUGAACAAGUGCUGCCGUUGUCACAAGAGCUGGGAGCUCAAACUAAUCUGCAAGUUUGUCUUGGAUUGAGAAGCAUACUGAGGGCCUUAGUUUUCCUCCAUGAUACUGCAAAAGUAUGCCACACAAACAUUUGCUGUGGUAGUGUGUAUGUUUCGCCGGACAACACAUGGAAACUGGGAAAUUUUGAAUUCAUCACCAAGUAUGCUGAUUUAACAUCAAUGAAUUUGCAAAAAACCCGCAGUCGACGUUAUGAAUAUGCCAUUCCACCUGAAGAAACCAGAGAGACCAAUGUUGAACCUCAAUCCCUUGAUUUGUUUGGAUUUGGAGUGAUGGUACAAGAAAUUUUGAAGAAAAGGGACCUUACUAGUGAUCCUUCUGGGAAAGAAUUUUAUGAUGUUGCCUGUGGAAAGCUUCAGAACAAACAAACUAAGGCAAGAGGAAAUUUAGCUGAUCUCUUGGAGCAUCCAUACUUUUCUCAUCCUGUGGUUGAGAUUUUGGAAUUUUUAUCCGCCAUCACUCUAAAGACUACAAGCGAGAAGGAACAAUUUUUUAGGGGCUUGUGGGCUCAACUAGCUACUCUCCCUGAGACAAUGGUGGCCACACAGUUGGCAGACCUUUUGCUUUCACGCUUAGUUCUCCUGGAGCCAUCUGCUCAAACAUAUUUAGUACCAUGGUUGCUGGCGAUAAAGGAAGAGCAACCUCUAACAGGAUCAUUCCAAAGUGAUGAGUGCAUGCCCUUGUUUAGCCGGCCAAUUUUCGAAAGAUUUGUGUCUCUCAAACUGGUGAAGAUCUUCCAGGUUCACGAUAGUCAAGUGCGUUCCGUGCUGCUGAAACACUUUUCAUCAUACUGCCAUGGGUUCACAAAGGAGCAACUACAACACAAUAUUUUGCCAGAGUUGCUUGUUGGGAUCAAAGAUAAUGAUGAUUUUCUGGUCGCGAUCACAUUGAGAGCGCUUGCCGACUUGGUCCCAAUUUUGGGGGCUGCGACUGUGAUUGGGGGCAAGAGAGGCAAGCUUUUCACCGAUGGCCGUCCAAAGGUUCGACCGACCAAGAAAUUGAUGCCAGUUUAUUUGGUGACACCUGCUAAACCAAAGCUUGCACUUGUGAAACAAACUGAAGAAGAAAUUACAGAAGAAGCUGUUGAAACUGGAAUUUCUGCUGCCCUGCCAGAGCGGUUGUCUCCUGAUGGUGGCGAGGCGUGGUCAGACUGGGAUGAUCAGCAAGAUGAAGAUGAAGAGAACAAAGAAGAGUUGAUUGGAAAUGAAGAAAGCGAGUCAGAAAAAUAUCAAUAUUCGCCAGCUCUAAAGAAGCCUUUACAACUGGCUAGCAAGGUGUCACAAAUGGUUCCCAAAAAAGUGGUGGAUGAUUUGGAUUCGCUAGACAUUAAAGUGGCGAAAAUAAACGUCACUACCACAGUAAAGGAGCUGGAUUUUUUCCAAGACAUGGAGCCAGUAAUAGCUCCCUCAAAAAAUCCCUUACUUCCUGAUGAGGAAGAAAAUGCUGAAAUAUCAAAAACCGCACAGAAUAAAUUUUCAAUGGCCCAGACGGAAGACGCGUUAGAAGGUGGAUGGGGCGAAGACAAUGAUUUUUCAGACUGGGGCGAUGAAGAAGGGGCUUUAAAACAAGAGACAAAUUAAAUUUCAUAUUAUCUAAUUCAUUAAUAUUAAAUAUAUUUUAGGAUUUAGUUGAUUUUUAGUAAUUGGGUAGCAUACUGAAUUACUGGAUCUAUAGGACAGUACUGGGCACAUCAUGUUAAUUAAUGUAUAAUUUUCUCCCAAUGUGAUAAUAUUUUACUGGAAUAAUUUUGUCAAAAUUUUUUAUAUGUCUGAUAACUCCAUUGCAAUAAUAAACUCAUCUUCAUAAUGUUCAAUCAUGA